GACGAACAUUACAUCCAAAAACGGCUGCAUUCACUGGCACUUCUUCGUGGAAAUCGUUUGUAUCUGGCAAAAGAUUUGCAGGGCAGUCGUGCAGAUAAAGGCAAACGAGGUUGGAUAACAGCUUAUCAUCUUCCGUGGCCAGUGAAAGCAAUGAACUCCCUCAGUAACUACUACAUCCCAUAUUUCGCUGAUGAUUGA